UUCAAGUUCAAGGUUCAAGACAGGAGAGCUCUCACAUCAACCACCAAAACCAAACCAAACCAAACCAUCAAAACAACAUCCCUACCACAAUCCUCUCCCCAAUCCCACCAAUACAAUCCCAAUCCCAAUCCCCUCUUUCCCAUCAUGCUCUCCCUCAGAUCCCUCGCCCGCGCGGCCCCAAGAACAGUCUCCAGAUUAAGCACAUCCGCCGCAAUCCGGCAACAAGCAGUAGCAGGAGCAAGCCGACCCUCAACACUCCUCCAAGCCGCAUGGAAGCCAUCGCGAUGCAGCACAGCUCUAUUCUCCAGCUCGGCCGCGAGGAGGGCCACCUCCGGGGAGACUGAUGUCGAGUUGGCCGCUAAGCUGGACUCCGAGAUCCAGAUGGAGAACGAGAUGAAGGAGGAGGGCGGCAUCCCUACCAGCGUGAAGGAUUACCUUGAGAACGGACCCUUUGAGAUCAUCGACACGCCGGGUCAAGAGGAGGUUGUGCUUACGAGACAAUUCGGUGACGAGAAGAUCCGCGUCACAUUCUCUAUCGCAGACCUCAACGCCAUGGACCCCGAGGCAGACUACCAAGACCCAGCCAUGAGCGACGAAGCCGAUGAGGGCAGCAAGUCCGCCGAGGAGCAAGGCGAGGAGUCCGCAGAAGGCGAGGAAGAGCAAGACCAGUCGUUCCCCGCCCGGCUGAACAUCGUCGUCGAGAAGGCCAGCAAGGGCGCUCUGGCCGUCGAGGCCGUCGUGCAGGAUGGCAUGGUUGUCAUCGAAAAUGUAUACUACUACACCGACGCGGCACACGCACACGCCAAAUCCGCCGAGAAGGUCCACGAGAGACAGGAUCUGUAUGUUGGUCCGCCGUUCGGAAACCUCGAUGAGGAUCUGCAGGUUUUGUUGGAGAGGUAUCUGGAUGAGCGGGGGGUGAACACCGCGUUGGCGAUCUUUGUGCCGGAUUACAUUGAUAUGAAGGAGCAGAAGGAGUAUGUCCGGUGGUUGGAGAACGUCAAGGGUUUUGUUGAGGCUUAGAGUGAGUGUUUUGGGAUUUUGGCUGAGCAAACUUUACUUACUGUACGAGCGGAGGAAUGUUUUUUCUCUUCGAUUUGUUGUCUGAACACACACCCCAUUUCCACUCUGAAUGCCGGCUGAACCGCUGGAGGUUUCUUCUGUAUACUAUGUAUGGGUCUAGGCAGGUGUUAUACCACGGCAUUCGAUGCUAAGUACUUCGUAAUGACUAAAGAUACUUGUACUAUACCAAACUUCGUUUAUUGCAGUUGUGUGAACGUGUGCACGCUUACUCUAUUGUCAUCAAAGUGAAGGGAAUGCUUCUUUUCAUUGCUGGAUUGGUGACAAAACCCUAUAUAUGAAUCAGAUUUACCUGUCGAGCUUCAGCAGCAACUCAUCGGAUAUCAAGCGAAAUUGGGCCUCGGAUUUUGUGAUCUGACCAGCUCAAAGAUUCCACGUCCUGGAACAAGAAUCAGUGACUUUCUUUCAUUACUGCAGACCAUGAAGACCAAAGUAUCCAUGAAUAUUUACAAAGCAGACCAAUGACCCUAUCCCUAACUCCAACGCCUAGCAUUCUAAAGAUGGCUCGUGACAACUUGAAAACAACAUCAUUACCUCCCAUUUCACCCGCUCACCCUUUUAUCCCUGAUUUCUUAAGCUAUCUUACUUGUCUCUAAGCAGGACUUCCACUUCCACUCUUCUUCUUCUCCUCCAUCCCAAACUCCGUCUCAAGGAUAUUGCUCAAAUCCAAUCCUUUUACAAAGAGACAGAUUGGCAACCCAAUAACCGCAAAAGCGAUACUAGCAUACCAAACAACCUUCAGCGCAUCAACAUAGAUACCAACCACAAUCGGCCUAACAUUGGCUCCAAGACUGGCAAUGAAGACAGCUGUGGCACGCUCAUAUGCUCUGCCAUUGACGAGCUGAGCGGCGAUAGCCGGGGCAUUGGCGAGACGUUCCUUGACCAGAUGAUUGACACGGUCAUUGAAGAUCGCGGAAGGGAUGGCGAUGCCCCAGAUCGAGCCGAAGGAGCGCAUGAAUGUCCAAGUGGCAGUUGCAGUUGCGACUUCGCUUGGUGGGAGGGAUGCGAGGAGAGGGGGAAUCAUGGAGUUGUAGACCAUACCGUUGCCGAGUCCAAAGAGUACUUGAAAUCCUACCCAUGCGGCGAUGGAGGAGUCUUCGUCGAGUAGAGCGAAGAGACCGCAGCCGAGUGACAUUAGUACGAAGCCUAGGUAGUGGAAUAUCCUGUAUUUGCCAGUAAUCGUAAUGAUUACACCUGAGAUGGCGGCAGCUGGAGCGAUGGUCGUGGCAGUUGGGAAGAGCUCGACACCUGCUCUAGAGGGUGAGGCACCCUUAACAGCCUGGAAGUAUACUGGUAGGAAAUAAGUGACGUAUAGGAGAAGAAUGCCGUGAACAAAUGCCAUGAUGUAGAUGGAGACCGAGGUGCGAUUGGAGAAGAGUUGAGGUGGCAUAGUGGGCUCAUCGACGUAGCCAGAGAUCUGGAUCAGAGCAAAGGCCGCGAUUCCAAGGAAACCAAUGAUCAUGGGGACGAGAAUGUGCCAUGACUUCCAGGAGAAUUUGGUGCCUCCCCAAGCGAGUGCGAGAAGGAUUGCCGUGACAGCACCGAUGAGCACGAAGUUACCUAGCCAGUCAACACGCUUCGUUCGGUCCCAGAUUGUUCCGACGCGACGAUACUUCAAGUUAAGGAACGGAACAAUGAAGCAAAGUGCCAGUCCAGAGAUGGGCAAGUUGAUGUAGAAGAUCCAUCGCCAUGUUACGUGUUGAGUAAAGAUACCACCAAGGACAGCUUCAUGUUGUUAGCAAGUUAAGUACGAGAGGGCUAGGAGCACUUACGUCCUAUGAUGGUUCCAAUAGCAUACGUCCCAGCGAGAAGACCUGUGUAUUGACCUCUUUCUCGAAGAGGAAGCAGAUCACAAAUAAUGAUCUCUCCCAAAGUAAUGAUACCACCACCGCCAACACCCUGGAUAGUUCUCGCGGCAAUGAUCAUGCCAAUAUUCGUUGCACCACCAGCCAGACCAGAGCCAAGCAUAAACAACAGCACGGAAGCGAUAGUCAACGAUCUCCGUCCGAAGAUAUUGGCAGCUUGACCGAAAAGAGGCUGGACGGCAGUAGAGGCCAGAACAUAUGCGUUUGCGACCCAGACAAAGAGUUCGUCAGCAUUGAGGUCCUGGGCGAUGGUUGGGAGGGCGGUUGAAACGAUGGAGAGAUCGAUGGCGACCAGGAGAGUCGUGACGCAGACGGAGACGAAAAUCAUCCAGAAUCGCCAGUCUUUCUUUCCUCCUUCUUCAGCUGGCUCUCCAGAGACCACGGGAGGGUUACCCGCAUCGCGAGACGAUAGGGACGUAGCAUCGUUCGUGAAGAGAGGUUUGGGGAGCGGGGAGUGGUGCAAGGUACAGCAGCACGUCUUUGAGGAUGCCAGCGAAGCUACAUUCUCUCUACUCUGCGUCUGGCUGUUCUUCCUAGCAUCGGGAGAAUAAUGAAGGGAGCAGCAGAACUCUGCUGCGCCGUCGUGGCUCGAGCCGUGAUGGCUUGACAUAAUGGACAGCGAGGGUUUGGCAGGAUCAGGAAGGAAUGAAGCCAACGAUCAUGAAAAGUUGUGCAGGGUAGAGGACUUCGCACCGAGCACGAAGAGAGAGAUGUGAGGAUGUGGGAGGAAAUAGAACUCGAAAGGAAAAACUGGCCGACGCCUAACCUAUAUACUGAAAUCCCUUUCGGUGGGUUUUGAGGAACUGAGUACAAAGAAGGAAAGAGCGUGUCUCAGCUAUUCGGUGGGUAUUAUUGGCCGCCCACGGCAAACAUGCAUCGUGGAAAAUGGUGGAAGUUUGCAUUGCUCCGUAGAGCAUGUAAGGGCUGUUUCCAAAUACAUUACGUCCGUACAGAGCCAAGAGGCUGAGGAUGCUGGAUGUUAGUUGCGCCGGCGGUGUUGUACGAAAGUCAGCGGCAGGUCACGACAUACGCUAGUUUUCGUCCGAAACCUGACAGCUGGAAUGUUUGUACCACCGGAUGGUUUCGGUGGCUUCUACGGUUAUUGUAAAGGCUGACAGCAAGGCGCUGAGAUGGAUGAAUGAGGAUAAAGGAGGGAGGUAUCAUCGUGGUCGGAGUUCAACGAUUCAGUCGCCUGCAUCGAUUCGAGAUUCGCUUGGAUGCAGUCAUCCUGGCAUGCUGAGUAGUCUGAGUUUUACGCAGUACUAGAUGGCUCUUGAGAUGGCUCCUCGAGUCGUCGAGCCUUCGAGCCUAUGCUUUCCUUUCUAUUCUACCCCAAACCGAUCCAAGAGACAUCCUGCACUGCUACCCAAAGCUCCAGUAGCUUUUGAAUUCGCUUGAGAAAUAAGUCUCAAAUGAGAUUUUGCUCAAAAG